AUGACAGAGGACACAGGACUAGGUACGUUUCACAAAGUCUCUUUGACGCUCCUGCCAGGUCGAACCAACGCCAAGAACUACUUAUACUUAAUUAAUAGACUCAAGGAUAUAGAAGGGAGAGAACUUCUCAUUGGUACGGGGGAUAGCGAUCUUGUGAGGAUCGGUCAGCCUCUUUCUGACCUGACUUUGUCUGGCCAGACAGACGUUUUCUCUUCGCCUUCGCCUCUCUCGUUUCCUUCCGUUAUCUCCGACGCCUCCGGCUCUUCCUCUGUCGUCUCGAGUCUGGACGGCUCGGGCCUAACCGGCAGCCCCCCUGCCGGGCUGCCCUCGUUUGGCCGGUUCCAGUUCGUCGUAGACGUCGACGGCUGGCUCAACUUUACGGCUACAGAACAGGCGGCUACGAUGCGUCGAAUUUUCUUCUGUCUAGCCGAGAACUUGCUUGGCAAAAUCGUGUCGCGAAAAAUGAUUGUCCACCAA